AUGCCUGUUGCAACAAGGAAAAAUAACAAAGGGAGGAAAGGCGGCGUUUUUCGCUUUUGCACCAAAGCUUCCGUGUACACGCUUCUCGUCUGGAUUGUAAAUUGCUCCAAUUCUAGCCAAUAUGGUGGUAAUUCGUACAGUGUGAUGAACAAUAGCCUUGGAAAGGCCGUGGAUUCAAGAACUUUGAGGUUAUUAGCAGAAGCUUACGAGGAAGAUAUAGAACAGGAUGGACCUGCAGUAUACGAGGAAGAUAUAGAACAGGAUGGACCUGCAGUAUACGAGGAAGAUAUAGAACAAGAUGGACCUGUAGUGUACGACGAGGAAGCUAUUGAACAAGUUGCACAGGAAGUUGAACAAGCUUCGGAAAAUGUUGGAGAAAUUUCAGGAGAAGUUGCGGAAGAAGAACAAGUUGUACAGAAAGCUCCUUCUGUAUCUUCAUUAGAAGAGCAAGUUGUGCAAAAAGCUCCUUCUCUGUCCUCACUAGAAGAACAAGUUGUGCAGAAAGCUCCUUCUGUAUCCUCAGUACAAGAACAAGUUACGCAAAAAGCUCCUUCUCUGUCCUCACUAGAAGAAGAAGUUGCACAAGAUGUUGCAGAACCUAUCGUAGAUGAUGAAGAAGAAAUAAAAAUUGAAUAUAACCAAGAUGGAACCAUACGUGUACGACCUGCAUAUAUAUAUAAUCAAGCAAAGCUAAAUGAUAUUUAUGAACAACAAAGACUAAAUAUGUACAAAAGAAAAAGACCAACAAUAACAGAAGGAGAAAAUGAAGAUUUAAUAAAAAAUUCUUAUUUAUUUAACAGACGAGAACGCGCCAUGCAAGGAGACCCUGAAACUAUUGCUGAAUAUCCUAAAGGAUACUGGGAUCCAUAUUUCGCAUUACAAAAAGCACUCAAUGAAUUGAUUCAAAAACGUAAUGAAUAUAGAGAAAUGUUGACGGACAACUUUUACGAUGUUAAAUUAAUAGAUGAUUUUGAAAAUGCCGUAAGACCAAAGGGACCAUACAUCCAAAGAGAAUACGGACGCCCAGAUCUAAGGCCUGCUGCACCAAGAUCAACCACUACAAAAGCACAGGAGGAAGACAAUUAUGCAAAUGAAAAAGGACAAAAUUUAAAAGGAAAGAAAAAGAGAAGAAAAAGAUUUUUCUGCUGUUUCUAA